CAAGGAAUUUCAUUUGCUAACACAGAUGGAGCAACAAGAGGAACAAGUGAUAUCGCUUCGAUUGUCCCGGGUGUUGGAGGACAUCGGGGUGAACAGGCCUAUGAUCGUCAGGAGGAGGAGGACAUGGCUGAUGAGGGAAACAGCGAUGACAACUGCAGAAAGAUUUAAGGGUACAAAUUCAUUUUUUUUUCAUUUUGGCAGCCAGAGUGAGGGAACUACAACACCUGGCAUGAAGUCAGACAUAGAUACAUUGGUGUGUCUUAAUAUUCCACAUGUCAUAUUGAACUAUGAUGACUGGCAGCAGGGAAAAGAUUAUCUCCUGGCUGUAAAGACAGAACAGUUACCACCCCAGCACUGUUUGCUGCAACGGCUUAGACCUGACAUUUUAUUACCUCAGACACAUAUGGGACUACCAACUGAUGUCAUAGACAAUGAGGGUAGAGUUUUGCAUACACACAUUCAGGCAGAAAACUGUAAAUUUAUUAGUCAAUUAAACCAGUCAGGUGAAAUUGUGCAGAAUGGCCCAUCAAGAAGCUGGAAUGAAAAUGAUUUUGUAUUUGCCUAUUAUUGUUGCACUCUACCACAAACGUGUCAGAACCUGUUCCGAAGACCCCGGCCAGGUCACUGGCCUAGACUUGAUACACUGACCAAGGCUAAAUACACUGGGGUGUUCCUUGUGCCACAGGGAUAUUCGGAGUUACCUUCGAGAACAUCCAGGUGUCGCUCUUCUGCACUUCAUAUCACUCCAUAUGAACCAUACUAUCCACAGUCGAAAUGGGAAUGGAGGUUUUCUACAUCAAUGAUGGAAAGAUUACUGAUGUUUGAUAUGAACACUGAACAGUGCAAGGCAUAUGUAUUCAUUAAAAUACUAAGAAAAACCUUCUUAUGUCCAAUAGUUGGAGACCGUCUCAGUACAUUUCACAUAAAGACCGCAAUGCUGUUCACAAUAGAGACCUAUCCAUCCGAAAUAUGGCGCGACGACAACCUUGUAAAGUGUGUGAUCUACUGCCUAACUACACUUCGCAGGUGGCUCAGGUUGAAAUACUGCCCACACUACACUAUAGAUAGAGUGAAUCUGUUUACCGGAAAACUAUUUAAACAUGAACUUCGCAUUCUGUCUGCAAUUAUUUCAUCGUUAAUGGAAUCCAACAUGUCCUAUAUUUCACAGAUAGACAUGGAUUUACUGGGAGUCAGGAUGCUGCGUAACAGCAGUGGCAUUCUUUCUGAAAGUAACGAAAUAAAGCAAAACAAUCAACUGAUACUAAAACAUCUGAAUAAACAUUACACUAUUCCGAUAGUAAUUAUGGCUCAUUCUUACAUACUUGGAUUAUUUUUGAACACUUGGGAGGACCUCAAUCCACUAUUCACAAAGCAGCUACACCGCACGUUACAACAAAUAAACCACCAUGGGACUGACUUGGAACGAGAAUCAGUUUUAGUGAUCAUUCCUCUUUUGUAUAGUUCAUUAGCCUCCAUCCUGGCCUCAAGGUGUAUUCACUUUGGACAAUCAAUUACACGAGAAAUUCUCCUCCUAUAUCGUAUGUCUUUUGACUCUGACCUCCUGUCCAGUAGACUAAAGUUUGCCUCCUUUUCGUACUGCAUUAAACAGUAUGAUGCAGCAAUGAUCUGCCUGACCUCCUGUGAGAGCUCUCUGGGGCCUGAAGUAUGGCAUUGUUGUACAUGUAGUGGAAGGAGUCUUACCGAACAUAGCAGUGAGUUCAUGGACUUAUAUGAAAAUUCAACCAACAAUAACAUGUUACGAAAUUAUACUUCAGUAUGUUUACAUUUUAUACCUCAAGAACAGUGCUGUGUACCAAAGUUUUUGGUGUAUGAAAUGUUCAGAACUGUUACAGAUGAAGACAGAGAAAGGAGACAGCCAGAAUUGGAGUAUUCGUGGAUGGACUCGGCAGUCAUUGACUGUGUUCCUUUUCUCCAUUACUUGCAGUACCUCACGUACAGGCAACUGGACAUGCAUAAUAGGAAACAUGCAGCUCUGGAAAAGCUUGAAAAUUAUAUAUAUGUGGACAGUGAAUGUAAUGGUCACAUAGACACAGCCCUCAACAUGCUGGGCAACUGCUAUGAGCUUGAAAACAUACUCGAUGUUGCCUGGACAAAGUACGCCGAAUCUCUUACAAUCUACCCCAGAAACAAUGCGGCCAAUUGGCAUGUGGCUAGACUAUUUCACAAGUUCUUAAACAGCUAAACAAUAUCCUUCUGCUGCUGUCCAAACAUAAGGCAGCACUGAAAUGAACGAGGACUAAGCGGUUAUUACACAAUGAACGUCAUUUUUUUUAUAGAAAAUAACAUUUCCUGACCUUUCCCUAACCAAAUCCCCAUUUUUUCUUUUAAAAGUCUUAAUUCAAUGCUUUUAUUUGAGAAGCAAAAGUAUUGACCAAUAGAUAUAAUUUUAAGAAUGUGAAAUACCAACUGAUUAUUUUAAGUCCCAAUAAAAUAUUCGUUGAAGUAUUUUGAUUAACCAACAUGAAUACUGCUCUAGCCUUAUUUCCUUUUUUCUGUUUCCACUGCCCUUGAUAUCAAUUCCCAAUUUCCCCUGGAUUUUACCCAUUGCCAAAGUUUCCCUGACUAAAUAAAAAUACUUUGCCUUGACAGUUGAAAUGAAAGGGACAAUGGCAUAAGAAGUUGACGAUGAUUGAUAAACCCCACAAACGGUUCAUAGGGAAAAAAUAACGACACUAGCUUUUGUUUUGAUCAAAAGUGGUUGGGAAUGUUGACAUUCCCUUGGAAAAUCUUGAUCAGUCUGCCCAAGUGCUGAGACAUAAGACAUACACAACAGUCUGAUCUAAAGUCACAAAGAGAAAACACUUCCUUGAAUCUGUUUUCAAAAGAGUAGAUAAAAACUGUCAUUAAUAGUGUUUAUGUUGUUUUUAUUUAACAACAAAACAUGUAUUACUUUAUUAAUUUGUUAACAAGAAGGAGAAAAAAAUUCAAUGGUUUUUCACUGUACUACUUUCAUCACAACGAGUAUUCAAAUUCUUUUGGCUACUGAGCUUGUUUCUGUAGUUUUCCAAAUACAUAUUGGGCGUGUUCGUUAAAAAUGUACGUUGAUUACUGUACAUUGUACAGACACCUAUCUACAACCUGAGGUAAAUCAUGUUGAUUUCUA